AUGAACGCCAUUGGAAUACAAUCAGCAUUCGGAUUCGACGAGAAGAGAGACUACGAACUCAGACGUAUGCGAAGAACAAACUCAGGCUUUUCGUCUUGUUCUUCCUCAACCUAUUCAGACGACACCCCUCGCAGCAGACAAUCAAGCUGCUCUUCAGAAUACUCAGAAUCAUCCCUAUCAACCUCACCUAACGGCAAACCGCGCGCCGUCCGUUUCGCGCUCGACAAACCCCUCCCUCUAUCCCUCACCCUCACCACCCUCCCGAUCCACAGCAAACGUCAGGACCUACCAAGCCAUGGCACACAUACACGCAAACGUAGCCGUGCGGACAGCGCCGGUGAUUUCGCGUGGUGGGCACAACGGAGAAUUCAGCAAGACGCCGAGUGGAGCGCAGAGCGCAAGCAUCUGGAGAAGGAGACAUCUGAGGAUGGUGAUGUCCGACACCUCUGA